UCCGUUGAUAAUUUUAUAUUUAAAUCAGUUUAUAAAAGUAGGCAUUUCGUUGUUAGAUUUUCAGGGUGCCGAACAGGGGGGGUGCCGAACAGGGGGUACGCAACGUUAUCCUGGAAAGAGGACGGCAAACCAGGGCGUAUGAAAUUUACGUGCGACCCCAACGACGGGUAUUACCUCGUCACGAGCGCCGACAACAAGUAUGCAGCAUGCUGUAGUCUGGCGCAGUCUCUAAAAGGCCCCAAGGACACAGGCUUUGCUUGCUGCGGGGGCGGCCACGACAUUGCGGGCAACAGGGAGGUUGGGUUUUUGUGCUGUCCAGAGGGCCAGGAUUUCGACGGUCGUCUUUGCAAAUAG